UCUGGAGUCCGAGGCAGCCGCUCCCACUGGCGGCGGGGCAGGAUCUCGGGUUCGAACCUGUGUCUUCCUGGAAGGGUCUGCACGGAAGUGGUAAGAUGCAGAACCGCUUAGAAACCUCCCAGUCAGCUUCUGAUGGUGAUGUUCCCUUUACCUCCAUUUUCCAAAUGGGGAAACUGAGGCUCCGAGUGGCCAAGUGAACUGCCUGAGUUGGACACAGGAAGUUCCAGGACACACCCCUAGGAUGCCUCUGUGCCAGCGGGGAGGCCCCGCGAGGCUCCGCCGGCCGGAGGGGAGCGAAGCACAGCCCUUGGCCGCUGUGGGAGGCCUCCAGGUCCUUCUGCACUGGGCCGGCCCCAGUGGUGGGCAGCGGUGGGUCACCAUCGGCGAGGCCUCACAGUCGCUGACGGCCGAGGAGGCCUGUGUCCAAGUUGCCCAGCAAGUCGGCAUCACGCCAGCUUGUUUCAAUCUCUUUGCUCUCUUUGAUGCUGCGGCCCAAGUGUGGCUGCCUCCAAACCACAUCCUGGAAGUUUCUGGAGACACAAGACAGACGCUGUAUUUCCGCAUGAGAUUUUACUUCCGGAACUGGCAUGGCAUGAAUCCUCACGAGCCACCGGUGUUCCGCUGUAAACUUCCAGGGACUGAGGCAUCCUCCGAACAGGCAGAUCAGGGGACACAAGUCUUAGAUCCAGCCUCCUUUGAGUACCUCUUUGAGCAGGGCAAGUAUGAGUUUGUGAAUGAUGUGGUAUCGCUGUGGGAGCUAUCCAGUGAGGAAGAGAUCCACCAGUUUAAGAAUGAGAGCCUGGGCAUGGCAUUUCUGCACCUCUGCCACCUUGCUCUCUGCCGCAGUGUCCCCCUGGAGGAGGUGGCCAAAGAGAUCAGCUUUACACACUGCAUCCCCCGCUCCUUCCAGCAGCAGAUCCGCCAGCACAAUGUGCUGACCCGGUUGCGCCUGCGCAGUGUCUUCCGUCGCUUCCUGCGCACCUUCCAGCCUGGCCACCUGUCCCAGCAGGUCAUCAUGGUCAAGUACCUGGCUACUCUGGAGCGCCUGGCGCCCCGCUUUGGCGCUGAGUGCUUCCCUGUGUGUCACCUGGAGAUCCUGUCCCAGGCUGACAGAGAGCCCUGCUACCUCCAGGACAGUGGGCAGCCCCCAGCAGGCACCGAUCCCGUGUCGCCCCCUGAGCCCCCGACCCACGAGGUGCUGGUCACGGGCACUGGGGGCAUUCAGUGGCGUCUGGUGCAGCCUGAGGGUGCCAUUGGCAAUGGUGGUGGCAGCUGGAAUCCGCAAGCCAGGGUGCCUGGGAAAAAGGCCAGGGCCCAGGAGGAGGCCAGUGAGCAGCUGGCAGGCAGGCCACGGGAGCCAGCCUGGACCUACUUCUGCGACUUCCGGGACGUCACCCACAUGGUCCUGAAGGACAGUCACAUCAGCGUCCACCGGCAGGACAACAAGUGCCUGGAAAUGAACCUGCCCUCCCGGGCCUCUACCCUGUCCUUCGUGGCGCUGGUGGAUGGCUACUUCCGCCUGACGGCCGACUCCAGCCACUACCUGUGCCAUGAGGUGGCUCCUCCGAGGCUGGUCCUGAGCAUCCAGGAUGGCAUCCAUGGGCCCUUGCUGGAGCCGUUUGUGUGCACCAAACUGCAGCCGGAGGAUGGGCUCUACCUUGUCCAAUGGAGCACCAGCCAUCUGGACCGCCUCAUCCUCACGGUGGCCCAGCGAGAGCCGGCCCCUGGCAGCAGCCAUGGCGGCAGUGCACGGAAGGUGCGCCUGCGCAAGUUCCCCAUCAAGCGGCAGGCGGGGGGCUUCGUGCUGGAGGGCUGGGACCGCCCCUUCACCAGCGUGCGGGACCUGCGGAUCGCCCUGCAGGGCUGCUCCCUGCGGGCUGGGGACGACUGCUUCUCAUUGCGCCAGUGCUGCCUGCCAAGGCCAGGAGAGAUCUCCAACCUUAUCAUCAAGCGGGGACCUCAGGCCAGUACCCCACAGCUCAACCUCAGCCAGCUCACCUUCCACAGGGUCCAGCAGGGUGACAUCACCCAGUUGUCACACCUGGGCCAGGGCACAAGGACCAAUGUGUAUGAGGGUUAUCUGCGAGUGGAGGCACCCGAGGAGGACAAAGAGGAUGGCGUGGACCCUGGGGAGUGCAAUGGGAACCGUGGGCAGGAGCUGCACGUGGUGCUGAAGGUGCUGGACCCAGGCCACCAUGACAUCACACUGGCCUUCUAUGAGACAGCCAGCCUCAUGAGCCAGGUGUCCCACGUACACCUGGCCUUCAUGCAUGGUGUCUGCGUGCGCGGCUCUGAGAACAUCAUGGUGACGGAGUUCGUGGAGCAUGGGCCCUUAGACAUGUGGCUGCGGCGGGAGCGAGGCCGAGUGCCCUUGGCCUGGAAGCUGGUGGUGGCCCAGCAGCUGGCCAGCGCCCUCAGCUACCUGGAGGACAAGAACCUGGUGCAUGGGAACGUGUGCGGCCGGAACAUCCUCUUGGCCCGGCUGGGGCUGGCAGAUGGCACCAGCCCAUUCAUCAAGCUCAGCGACCCAGGUGUGGGGCUGGGCGCCCUCUCCAGGGAAGAGCGUGUGGAGCGCAUCCCCUGGACGGCACCUGAGGGCCUGCUUGCUGGGGCCGGCGGCCUGAGCACAGCCGCGGACAAGUGGGGCUUUGGCGCCACCUUGCUGGAGAUCUGCUUCGAUGGCGAGGUGCCCCUGCAGGGCCGCACCUCCUCUGAGAAAGAGCGCUUCUACCAGAGGCAGCACCAGCUGCCUGAGCCCUUGUGCCCUGAGCUGGCUGCAGUCACCAGCCAGUGCCUGAGCUAUGAGCGGGCCCAGCGGCCGUCCUUCCGCACCAUCCUGCGCGAUCUCACUCGUCUGCAGCCCCACAGUCUAGUGGACAUCUCAACUGUGAACCCCGACUCGCCUGCGUCAGACCCCACUGUCUUCCACAAGCGCUAUUUGAAAAAGAUCCGCGAUCUAGGGGAGGGUCACUUUGGCAAGGUCAGCCUGUACUGCUAUGACCCAAACAACGAUGGCACUGGUGAGAUGGUGGCGGUGAAAGCCCUCAAGGCAGGCUGCGGGCCCCAGCACCACUUGGGCUGGAGGCGGGAGAUCGACAUCUUGCGCACGCUGUACCACGACCACAUCAUCAAGUACAAGGGCUGCUGUGAGGACCAAGGCGAGAAGUCCUUGCAGCUCGUCAUGGAGUACGUGCCGCUGGGCAGCCUCCGAGACUACCUGCCCCGGCACAGCGUCGGCCUUGCCCAGCUGCUGCUGUUCGCCCAGCAGAUCUGCGAGGGCAUGGCCUACCUGCACGGGCAGCGCUACAUUCACCGAGACCUGGCCGCGCGCAACGUGCUGCUGGACAACGACAGGCUUGUGAAGAUCGGGGACUUCGGCCUGGCCAAGGCCGUGCCUGAAGGCCACGAGUACUACCGCGUGCGCGAGGACGGGGACAGCCCCGUGUUCUGGUACGCCCCCGAGUGCCUCAAGGAGUGUAAGUUCUACUAUGCAUCCGACGUGUGGUCCUUCGGAGUCACACUCUAUGAGCUGCUGACGCACUGUGACUCCAGGCAGAGCCCGCCCUCGAAAUUCAUGGAGCUCAUAGGCGUCACCCAGGGCCAGAUGACUGUGCUGCGGCUCACAGAGUUGCUGGAGCGAGGGGAGAGGCUGCCGCGGCCAGACAGGUGUCCCCUGGAGGUCUAUCUCCUCAUGAAGAACUGCUGGGAGACUGAGGCCUCGUUCCGGCCCACCUUCCAGAACCUCAUCCCUAUCCUAAAAUCGGAGCAGGAGAAAUACCAAGGCCAGGCCCCCUCGGUGUUCAGCGUUUGCUGAGUCCUCGGGAAGCCCACUCCCCAUGGCUCAGGCUGUCCCGGCCGGCCGAGGCGCGUGCCCAGGGCCGGAGGCCGGCCUUGUUUGCCUCUCGGGGUGGCCUGUGUCUGCUGUGAAGUGGCCACCCUUCCACAGCCUCAGAUGACCCUCGGUGGUGCUGCCUUCUGCAAGUGACUGACAUGAAACCCGCCGUCUCCACUGGCCACAGAUAAACUCUUCCACUGCUGGUGGCUGUGGUCCUUGUGGCCAGCAGCUGGGGUGUGCUCUGUGGACCGCAGCUACACCAAAGAGGUCACUGGUAAACUUCUUGCUGGUUGUGUCAGUGCAUGCCUGGAAUGCCAGGACCCUGAUCGGCUGAGGCAGGAGGAUGGCUGCGAGUUCAGGCCA